AUGCCAGCAAACACCGGAGUUUUUUUCAGAGAAAAAGAAACGAAAACAAUUAAGCCUACAUUCCACACUGUUCCGGUCCCACAUGAAGCUGAGGCUAAAACCAAUAAUUUGUGGAAUGAUCCAUAAUCCAUUACAGUAGAGCAGCAGUUUUGUAAUUGGGAGAGAGAUGAGCUUUCAAGAUGUGCAGAAUGGCGGAGGAGGAAAGGGAAAGAAUGCAUCCGCAUCUCCGUCGCAGGCGGUGGCUGCCGGCAUAUUCCAGAUCAACACUGCCGUUGCCACUUUCCGUCGACUGGUUGAUGCCAUCGGAACUGUCAAGGACACUCCCGAUCACCGCCAAAAGCUGCACAAUACGAGGCAACGGAUACUGGGGCUUGUCAAAGACACUUCUGCUAAACUCAAAUCCCUAAGCGAAUCUGAUCGCCACAGCAAUGUAAAUCCCCGUAAGCAGAUUGAAGAUGCCAAGCUUGCAAGAGAUUUUCAAACCACAUUGCAAGAAUUCCAGAAAGUUCAACAGCUUGCCUCUGAGCGCGAGUCUACUUACAUGCCUUCCUUACCAGCGUCAGCAUCAGCAACAGCAACCUCUGCUGCCUCUGCCUCUGCCUCUGGGGAAUAUUUGGAACCAACCAGGGAUGAGUACCGUCAACCUUUCAUUCAGGAGCAAAAGAGACAGGAAGUAGUGCUGCUGGAUAAUGAGAUUGGUUUUAAUGAGGCAAUAAUUGAGGAAAGGGAACAGGGUAUUAAAGAUAUAGAAGAACAAAUUGGAGAAGCUAGUGAAAUAUUCAGGGACCUUGCUGUUCUUGUUCAUGAGCAAGGUGUAGUCAUUGAUGACAUUCAUUCAAACAUUGACAACUCUUCUGCUGCAACGACCCAAGCUAGAGUUCAGCUAGCUAAGGCUUCCAAAGGUGUUAAAACGAGAUCUUCGUGGUGUUGGUGGGUGCUGGCAAUUGUCGUAGUGGUGAUUGUAGUCGUCCUCAUCAUCCUUAUCAUAUAAUGUGCAAGUACAUAUACAGUCUCAUUGAGCCUCUGCGUGACAAAAUGACAAUGGGUGUGUGCCUGUGUGGUGAAUUAUUUGCUCUAAAGACUUUUUGGUUGAGUUUUACUUGGUAUUAGAGUUAGAAAUACAUUUUUGUUUCUGUGUCUUUUACUUUGGGCAGGUUUUGGUUGUUUUUAUUGGCAAAGUAGCAAUCGUGUAACCUCUAUAAUGGUUCUUCAGCUUCCCAGUUGUAAUUUGUUGGUCUUCAAUGUGGAUUACUAGCUUUUGCUUCUGAAUAUUAUGGUUCUGUUUCUGAUUAUUAAAAAGUUUUGAUGUAUUUUCCAGCUAUUUUCGUGCAACUCUGUACGGAGUUGAUGGAAAGAAACUAUAUUGAAGGGAUGACAGGUCUCAAGGGAAAUUGA